AUGGAAGUCGCUGUGCUGCCGGACGACGCCCUCGCCGACGUCCUCCGCCGGUUGCCCCCUCGGAGCCUCGCGACGGCCCGGUGCGUCCGCAAGGCGUGGCGCGACGUCAUCGACGUCCGCGCGCUGCUGCUCUCCCAUCUCCUCCCGCACUCCGUCCACGGUAUCUUCAUCAACUACAUCGACCACAGGCGCCCGCACUUCUUCGGCCGCUCCGCGUCACCGGCGGCGGCGUUUCCCAAAAUCGAUGGAACCCUGGGCUUCAUGCCCAACGACGGCCGCAAUUUCGGUUCAGUACUUCACCAAUGCAAUGGCCUCCUCCUCUGCGAGCACGAGUGGGAGAGCGGGCUGUGCGUGUGCAACUCCGCGACAUGGCGGUGGCAAGUGCUUCCCCGGCCUGAGGAGGCCAGUGUCUACUCCUCCUUGGCAUACCUAGCAUUCGAUCCGGCCGCAUCGCCGCACUACGAGGUGUUCUUGAUCCCUGAAGAGCCAAAGAUCCCGGCUCCUCCAAACCACUGGAUGUUGGAGAUCAAGCAGCCAGCUGAACCACCGUACCACCUGAUGGAAUGGCCACCGUCGCCAUUCAGGCUGGAGGUGUUCUCAUCGAGAACGGGUGGCUGGGAGAUCAGAAUCGACUUUGUGCGAGAAGGCAAGGCGGCAGGGACAGUCCAAGACGUGCGGCUGGAUCCCCAGGCACGAACGUUUUAA